CCAAAGCUCGGAUCACAUAAUGGCAUGUCGCGGUAUCUGGGCCCACCCAGCCAACUAGAAGCUGAGAAGCUGGUUCGCGGAGCUGGGGGGCAGACACGCCAGCCAGGCGUUUGCCUUGCGCUCCUCACACCCGCCCCGUAGUGCCCGCAGCUGGGAGCAGAGCUACCGCAAUAGACGGCUGCACCCCCAACGACGAAUCGACGCCGACGACGAUAACGACGGCACGGCCUUCCCGCUCUCUCAACACACAAGCGAGACGUUUCUCAGCCGGCACCCAACCCUUGAGGACUGUCCAGAGUCUCCACGCCUCUGCACAGGCACAUAAUCCAGACGAUAUCGCAAACGGAGCCCUCAAUCCCGCCGCCUCCGCCCAUCGCAGCUCCGUGAACCACCGCCUCCACCAGGGGAGCUCAUCACCGCCGUCAUGUCGUCUCCUUUCUCAAUAAACGGCGGUGCCGCGGUCGCCAUGGUGGGCAAGGACUGCGUCGCCAUCGCCUGCGACCUCCGGCUGGGCAUGCAGGCCCUGACCGUGUCCAACAACUUCCCCAAGAUCUUCCAGUACGGCGACGUGUUCCUGGGCCUGACGGGCCUGGCCACCGACGUCUCGACCGUCUCGGACCUGUUCCGCUACAAGGUCAACAUGUACCGCCUGCGCGAGGAGCGCAACAUCGCGCCCCGCACCUUCGCCAACCUCGUCUCGAGCUCCCUCUACGAGCGCCGCUUCGGCCCCUACUUUGUCAGCCCCGUCGUCGCCGGCCUCGACCCCAAAACCUCGCAGCCCUUCAUCUGCGGCUUCGACUCCAUCGGCUGCAUCGACUUCGCAAAGGACUUCAUCGUCAGCGGCACCGCCAGCGAGCAGCUUUUUGGCAUGUGCGAGAGUCUGUGGGAGCCCAACCUGGAGCCCGAGGAUCUGUUUGAGACCAUCUCGCAGGCACUGCUGAGCGCUGUUGACCGUGAUGCCCUCUCAGGAUGGGGUGCUCACGUUUACAUCAUUGAGAAGGACAAGGUCACCAAGAGAUUACUCAAGGGCCGCCAAGACUAGAGAAGUAAUGGUUCAGGCGUGAGCAUCUGGGAUAGUGUCUGGCAAUGCCAUGUCGGUACCAUUAUAUCGCCGAAGCAGAGCAGGAAUCCAGAACAAAGGCGCACUAUCCGCCCGGUUUUUGUGAAAAAGACCUGAGCAACUAGAACAUGCUACAUGAACUGGGUAUUUACGCCCGGCCCGGCCCCCUUGACAUGACUGCAUUGUACCAACAGACACCAGGCAUCAACUAGAAAUGAUGUUGUUGUACCCUUGUUUUUGCAUAUUCUAGGUCGAGCACGCAUGCAUAAGGAGGUCUCCAUGAAUAUCGAAUAACGCAACAGCCCGACGCUAGGAACAUUGCGUAAGGACGGGCGUGUUGUACGUCAACAACAAAAAACACGGACUUCCCAUACAAAUCCACAGUGUGUUUUUGGUCCGUGUUUUUAUCUAGUUCAACGUGUUGACAGGCAGGCAGAGUUGUCUCAAUGAGUUGUCAGAUUAAAUCCAGCGACGGCUACGCCAUGCGCACUAAAUCUAUUUUUAUCGGGUUGGUCCCCUGCCCGUGGCCAUCUAUGUACAAAGAGGUAGGUGGCUAAAUGGGCUCUAAAU